ACAACCUCCCUUUUUUGUCUCCCAUACACGUUUGACGCCAUCUUGAAAUUACACUCGCAGUUUAUCAAGUCGCUCCCAAACACACACACAAAAAAUCUCUUCAUUAUUGUAUCAGUGUCUGGGAUGAACGGUCCGCGAAACAAAUCGGCACCGACAGUCAGUAAGAGUCCGACGGACGCAGACACCACCAGCUCGGAGGCGAAGCUUAGGGAGCGACAGAUAGGUGGAGGAAUGCUGAAGAAGCUGAAGUCGAGGCGCAAUCAGACGGAGAAGUGGCCUGUGGUCACAGAGGAUGAACUGCGGGCUCUGGGGAAAGAUAUUACCCCGGACAAUGUCCUCGGUCUCCGGGCAGUCACGGAGGACUAUCUGUGCAAACCUGAAGACAAUAUCUUCAACAUUGACUUCACACGUUUCAAAAUCCGAGAUCUGGAGACAGGAACAGUGCUGUUUGAGAUUGCCAAACCGCCUAACAACAGUCCUGUGGAGGGGGAAGAGGAGAGUGGCGAUGUCGACAUCAGUGCAGGGCGUUUUGUGCGAUAUCAGUUUACACCAGCCUUCCUAAAACUGUGCACAGUUGGUGCAACUGUGGAGUUCACAGUGGGGGACCGGCCCAUAAACAGUUUCCGUAUGAUUGAGAGGCAUUACUUCCAGGGACGCCUACUCAAGAACUUUGACUUUGACUUUGGAUUUUGCAUUCCCGACAGCCGCAACACUUGUGAACACAUUUAUGAGUUUCCACAGCUUCCAGAUGACCUCAUUCGCCAAAUGGUGGCGCACCCUUACGAGACCAGAUCAGACAGUUUCUACUUUGUCGACAACAAACUCAUCAUGCACAACAAGGCAGACUAUGCCUACAAUGGUGGUGUGUAAUGCCUGAGAGGAUAAUGUUUGCAAUACUUCCCAGGGGAUUGAUUUCCUGCAUUACAACCAGCCAAAACCUUCUUCUUGGGGGACAGAAGUAUUCUCUCCUUUGGGGACAUUCUACCAAACAUUCUUCAGAACCAACAGACCACAUCUGCCUUCAUAAGAAAUCAUGGAUGCAUUCAUCAGAACCUCAUUGAGCUCAGUUUCUGUGACUCCGAGAAAUGUUCAGUCAAAUAUUUCAAUGUUAAAUCUGACUGAAACCUUUUUGUUCCAUCUUACAGUUUCUCAUACAAGUAUCAUGUUUCACUUUUGCCUUAAGUUUCUUGUCUCUGCUGGAAAGGGACCCUUUGAGUCAAAGACCUCUCAUGGCAUUGCCUUUAGACUGUGCUAGUUAUCACUUAAUUUACUUUAGUAUGUUGAUGUUAUCAAUUGAUGUUCUUUUUAUAACAACUUUCGCAAGUGACAAUUGUGUUUCCCGUAAGGAAAAGGGAGCAUUUACUAGAUGUGUUACAGUAUUGAACAGUAGAUGAUCAUGUACCAUUAGUUUACAUUGUUUAAAUUUCAUUCUUGCUUAAAUAUCUACCAUCAAUUGUCAAUUAUUGGGACUGUUUGUGUCAUUUAAGUUUUGUUUUGGUUUUAUAGGGAACAUUAGGUUGACCAGUCUCAUCUUUAGUCAGACUUAGUUCAAGAACAGCAUGAGCUCUAUUCAUGAUGUCAACUGUUCAUUCUGCUAACAUAACAGUUUUUUACAACAUAAUUGGCUGUCGCCUGGGCAAUGUGGGCAUCUCGUGUUUGUUCUAUCAAACUCUGAAACACACUGUGAUACAUGAAAAGAACAAUAUAACAGCCUAAUCUGAGUUCCUGGACUUGCUUUAUAUGCCAUGACUCAAACUAUUUGAUCUUCCCCUUUAUCUGCUCCAAUUUGUAAGCAUGCAGUUAUUUACUCCUUGAGGUGAUUCUUCCUUAUUAAUUUGGCACAAGAGCUCUGGGAAUCCCACUCUUGUUUUCCAGCGGUGUGGUAUACCUAUUAAAAUGGUUGCUGGGUGUAUCUUC